AGCCCACUUGGGCGGAUCUCAAGUUUAUCUUUUGGCAUAUGUAGUUCGCCAGAAAUGAACCCUACAGUAAUCAUGCCGUGUUCUGCCUUCACAACUCAUGUAAUUUGCUGUCUUUGUCUUUGGGGGAGUAUCCAUACAUUACCUCAUGUGGAGCGGUUUGAUGUGGUGAGACCUAAAAGACAGAGCGUGAGAAAGGUGCAGUCUGAUAAAAGUCCACAAAGCCAUGAGACGUAUCCUGAUAGACUCACAUAUCAAUUAUUCUUUGGAGGGAAAAAUCAUGUGAUUCAUUUGGAAAAGAACAGGCAACUCAUUGGACAUAAUUACACCGAAAUUUACUAUCGAGAUGAUGGACUGAUUGUGAGCAGUAAUCCAAAUUUAAAGGACAAUUGCUACUAUCAUGGCCAUAUUCAAGAUUUGGAAGAUUCCUCAGUCAGUGUGGGAAUCUGUUCUGGAAUCAGAGGUUUUGUUCGAGUGAAACAGCAAGUAUACCUGAUUGAGCCCCUGACCAACCACAGUGAUGGAGACCAUGCACUUUAUAAGCACGAACAUCUGAGGUGGAAGAGAAGCUCAUGUGGUGAACCAAGCACUACCAUUUAUGACCAUGAACAACCAGUGGCUGUCCCCUUAAAGUCCAGCAGAUGGAAAACAAAGCGAUUUCACACUCCAAGAUUUGUGGAACUGUUUCUUGUGGUGGAUAACACUGAGUACAGAAACUUUGGGUCUAACAUGGACAUAAUCAGAGCCAGGAUGCUGGAAGUUGCAAAUCAUGUUGACAAGUUGUAUCGACCUCUUAAUAUCCGGGUUAUGCUGGUGGGUCUUGAGGUCUGGACAAAACACGACCAAAUUGUGGUCAGUUUGAUUUCUGAUGACACUCUCAGUCGGUUUAUUGAGUGGAGAAAGAGCAAUCUGCUUAAAAGAGUCAAGCAUGACAACGCUCAGUUUGUGACUGGAAUUGAUUUUUUGGGUGACACAGUUGGGCUGGCAAACAAAUUUGCAAUGUGUGCUGAAAGCUCAGCGGGAGUCAAUCAGGAUCAUAAUCAGAACUCACUAGGCCUGGCAUCCACAAUUGCUCAUGAGAUGGGUCAUAACAUGGGCAUGUCCCAUGAUGAAGAUCACUGCACCUGUGGCUCAUCAAAUUUCAAUUCCAUCUGUAUCAUGACAGAACGUGUAGGCACGCUGUUCCCGGAGCUGUUUAGUGACUGUAGUCUGGAGCAGCUGAGUGUGUUUCUAGACAACGCCAACCCCAACUGCCUGCUGGACACCCCCAGCUCAUCCAGACUGUACAGUGGGUCUGUCUGUGGUAAUGCUUUCCUGGACCCUGGAGAGGAGUGUGACUGUGGAACAGUGGAGGAAUGUGAAAAUCCAUGCUGUGAUCCCAUGACCUGCAAGCUCACUGAAGGCUCACAAUGUGCUCAUGGAGACUGCUGUGAGAAUUGCCAGAUAAAAGAUGCUGAAAGCUUGUGUCGAGCACCUGUAAAUGAGUGUGACGUUCCAGAGUAUUGCACAGGGCUCUCAGAGCACUGCCCGGAGAAUGAUUUUAAGAUGAAUGGCAUUCCUUGCAGCUCUGGCCAGGGUUACUGCUAUAAUGGCCAAUGCCCCACUCACCUCCAACAUUGCCAAAGACUUUGGGGAACAGGUGCCAAAGUGGCUGCUGAUGCAUGCUUUUUUCGAAACACAUUUGGAAAAAAUGAUUCUCACUGCGGAAAGAUCAAAGGUGGCUACAGAGCCUGUUCAAAAGAGAACAUGUUUUGUGGAAAGAUUUUUUGCGAUGGAGGAAAUGACUACCCCAUCACUGGUCAGAAAGCUGUGAUAGGAAUAUUUAGGGUAUUUUGCAACAUAGCUGGGGACCAAUCUGAAGAGGACGCCCUCAGCAUGGUCCCUACUGGCACAAAAUGUGGGCACAAUAAGGUUUGCUAUGAUUAUAUGUGCCAAGACCUGAAUGUUUACGGUAGUAAUGAUGAAUGCUCACUGCAAUGCAAUGGAAGAGGGAUUUGUAAUCAUAAAAAGCAAUGCCACUGUGAGCCUGGAUGGGCACCUCCUCACUGUGAAGUCAGAUAUUCUGAAUUGCCAUCCGGACAAGCAAAGAUAAUUGGCAUCUCAGUAGCAGUUGCAAUCCCUCUACUUGUACUUGCACUAUGUGGAGUCUUGCUUUAUUGUAAAAGAAGAAAAGCCAUCGUCAGCCACAAGACAAAAACUCAGUCUGCAGGGCAGAUGAACCUUCUUUUUGAGAACAACAGUGCCAAGAAGGACCGCCCUGAGAUCAGCCAGCCCACAUUCAUGGGGACCACCGUAACUCAACCCUGCACCCCUCUAACUGUUAGAUUGGGCCCGACCCGUCCUGCUCCACCACCUCCAAAAAAGUCACCAUCACAAUCGCAGCAGACCAUAGUGAAACAGGGAAUCAAGCCGACUCCACCUCCUGUUCCUCCAGUCAAACCAUCUUUAGCAACAGGAUCCUGGAGGACAGAUCAAGUCACAGGAGACACAGUCAAGGUUGUGUUGAGACCACCCACCAUUCCAAGUAGAUGACCAGACGUGAAAUCAUCGUGUGACUCAUUUAAACAAAUUACAGUCCCUCUUGUUCACUUUUAUAGUGUGGGAGUGUCUGAAACACAAAGUGCUUUUUAAACAAUGCUUUAAAAAACACACACACUGUUGUGCUUGGCCUCAAGUAAGAGUUAGUUUUUGUCUGUUAGUGUAUGAUAAUACAGUGCCCUCCAUAAGUAUUGGAACAGUAAAGACAAAAUUGCUCUGUUUGCUGUGGAGUCAAGACAUUUGCAAAUAUGACUAAAAGAUGAAUAUGAGACAAAACUACAGAAUGUCACAUUUUAUUAUUAGCUGUUUAAACACAUACAUGUUUUGCCAAAUAAAAAGAACAGCACUUUUAGAGUUCAUCCCACCAUUUGAUGUGAGCAUAAGUAUUGGGACAGAUGAAUUUAAGGCAGAUGUAAAAGAUUAAAAGCUAUUAUUUUGUUGCAGAUCCCUUGCGUACAAUCAAAGCAGUGAGUCUGUGACCCAUAGACAUCACCAGACUCUUGGUCUUAUCCUUUGAAAUGCUUUUCCCAGCCUUUAAUGCAGCCAAUUCCAAUUGUUGCUUGUUUUGGGGAGUUUCUGCCUUUAGUCUCCUCUUCUUCUGGUGAAAUUCAUGCUCAAUCGGAUUUAAAUCUGGAGAUUUAUUUGGGCAAGCUAAGACUUUACAUUUUUUUGCCCUUAUAAAUUCCUUGACUGAACUGGCAGGGUGUUUUGGGUCAUAGUCCUGAUGCAAUGUGAAACGCUUUCUGAUGAAUCUGGUGGCAUUUUCUUGAAUAUUGGUAGGCAAGAUGGUUUUGUACCCUUCCAAAUUCAUUCUGCUACUGUCAUCAUACAUUAAGUCAUCAUUAAAACUGAGAGGGCCUGUUCCAGAGACAGCCAUGCAUGCCCAUGACACCACCUCCACCAUGCUUUACAGAUGAGGCUGUAUGCUUGGGAUCAUUGCAGUUCCCUUUUUCUCCACACUUUUGCUUUCCCAUCACUUAGAUAAAGGUUCAUCUUUGUCUCAUCUGUCCAUAAACCUCUGUUCCAAAAUUCCACUGGCUUUUGCAAACUCUAAUCUUGCCUUUCUAUUUUUGGAGCUGGUCAGAUGUUUGUAUCUUGCCGUGUAGCAUCUGUAAGUCUAUGUCAAAGUCUCCUGAGGACAGUAGUUUGUCAGAGCCUCACCACAGCUUUCUGGAGGUUGUUGGUUAUUUUACAGACAUGUAUUUUUGGGUUCAUUUUCACAGCUUUUAUGAUUUGCCUGUCAUCAACUACUGUCUAAGUCGGCUGCUGAUGUCUCCGGUGGUCUCCAAACUGUUGAUUUCUCCAUGCCCUUUGUUAUUGCUAUAUAUUUGUCAUUGCUAUAGCUCUGAUAGACUUCCUCUUUUCUAUUAGCAUCCAAAUUGCUUGCUUUUCUCUCAAAGUCAGCUCCUCAUCUUCAUCCUGGUUUGUGUGUGUCAACAUCGAAUGCAAGAUUCAGAAUGCAGAAGCAAUGGAUAUAACUGAUACGACACAUUCCCUGCUUUUAAUAUCUGAAGAAUUAAUGCAACAGGACACAGCUGAUCACUUAGAAAGACCUGUGAGGCAACUGUUCCAAUACUUAUGCUCACAUCAGAUAUGUGAUGAACUAUAAAAGUGCUGAACUUCUCAGCUGGUAAAACAUCUAUGUGUUGAAACACCCAAUAAUAAAAUGUGACAUUCUGUAGUUUUGUCUCAUAUUCAUCUUUUAAUCAUAUUUACAGAUUUCUUGACUUCACAGCCAACAGAGCAAUUUUGUCUUUACUGUUCCAAUACUUAUGGAGGGCACUGUAUAUUGUAUAUGUAAAACAUUUGAAUGUCUGGCUGGAAAAAUUAUCAACAGGCCAAAAUGCUUUAUACUGUAAUUAAUUUAAUUUAUUAUUUACAGACUAUUGAGGUGAAGUGAAUGUAUUUAAUUCCAAAUAUUUUUUAAAACUUUUUAAAUAAAAGUUGUUAUUUUUUACUGAUUGCAAAUGGAAGCAUUGGCAAUCUAAUGUCACAUGCAGAAUAUUAGUAAUAAACAAAUCUCAUAAAAUAAAGAUGCAAAGCUUUUUACUUUAAUAAAAUACAGUAAUGUCAGUUUGCUGAA